AUGUAUAAGUGGUAUCAAAGUAAUAAUAUAGUUUAUAUAUCAUUUAACAUACCUGAAAAUGUUACAAAACAAGAUAUUCAAGCCGACAUAUCAAGUUCAUCAAUUUCAUUAGGUGUUAAAGGUUAUGGUUUAAAUUGUGAAGGUUCAUUAUAUUUAAAUAUUAAAAGUUCAAAAUGGGCAAUUAAAGAUGGAUCUGUUCAAGUUCAAAUGGAUAAACAGUCACCAGGUAAAUGGAGCCAACUUUUAUCAGUUGUAAAUGAAUCAAACCCAAAAGCAAUUGUAUUAUUCGAUUAUGAGGCAACAGCCGAUGAAGAAUUAUCUUUAUUACCCCAUGAGGUUAUUAAUAUCAUUUCAAAAGAUGACAGUGGGUGGUGGGAAGGAUCCAAGAUAAAUUUAAAUGGUGUUUUCCCAAGUAAUUUUGUAACAGAAUUUCCAUCAGACUAUCAACCACCUGAAGAUACAGAAUUAUCAAAUGAAGUUGCAAAAGAAGAUCCAAUAAGCGGUGUUUCAAGAGUCGGUAUUAAUAUUAUGGGUGGUAUGGGAAGUUUAGGAAAUAUGGAUGAAUUAAAAAAUAAAUUAAGAAAAACAGCAGCCUAUAAUGCGCAAGAAUUAGAAGAGGCAAUUAGUAAAGAAGAAAGCAAUGCCAAUUCAGGUGGUAAUCCAGGCUUUGUAGCAGUUCAACCAAGUAAAAGUGGAGGAACAAGACCACAAAAUAGAGUUUUAUUAAAUAGAUCAUCUCAACAAAUCAAUGAACCAAUUAACCCAAUCCAACCAGUUCAACCAGUUCAACCAACAACAACUACUACUACAACACCUGCACCAACAGUACAAUUAAAACCAGUUUCCAAAAAAGAAAAGGAAACACCAGUGAUUCCAGCAACAACCUCAAAAGAAUCACAUUCUACAAAUAAAGAAUCAGGAAAAGAAGAGUCAACAACUAAAAGUUUAACUUCAUUAUUUAAAAAACCUUUAAAAACUAUUCAUGCAAUAUCCGCACUUACAGGUUCAAACUCAAGUGAAGAAAAGAAAAUUAAAGCUAAAGUACUUUUUGAUUUUGAGACCAAAGAACCAAAUGAAUUGUCUUUAAAGAAAGGGGACAUUAUUGUUAUUCUUGCAAAAGAUCCAUCAGGCUGGUGGCAAGGUAUUAAUCAAUCCUCACGUGCUCAAGGUUGGUUUUCAAAUACUUUUGUCGAAGAAAUUAAAGAACCUGAAAAAGCAGUUAAAUCAACUAAAACACCCGAAAAAUCCGAAAAACCUGAAAAAAUUGAAAAACCAAAAUUAUCAAAACCUAAAAAACCAGCCGCCACUCCAGGUACUGUUGAAGAUAAACUUCAAUCACUCGAUGAAACACCAAAAUUAGAAUCUGUUAAAAGAGUUGGAGCUGCCAGAAAUAGAAAACCACCCUCAAGAGUUCGUGCCUCAUAUUUAUUAUCAGAUGAAGAAAAAACUGAAAGAGAAAAACUUAAACAAAGCUUCUACUCACACAUUGUACAACAUAAUAGAGAUGAGGAAUUAGAGGAAGAAUUAGCACAAGAGAAUGAGGAAGAGCAAUCAGUAACAGCACCACCACAAUUGACAGGAGAUAAACCAUCAAAACCACCACCACCAAAAAGAAACUAUGCAGGUCCAGAAACUACACCAUCUACAGCUCCAUCAAAACCACCAUCAAAACCUGCUCCAAAACCACCAGUCGCCGAAAGAGCUCCAACAAGCUUCUCUUCAAGCGAUGGAUAUGAAUCAGUUUCACCACCAGUUACCCAAGAUGAUUUAAGUAAUAGCAGCGACAGUUUACAAACAUCAGUAUCCAAACCACCUCAAAAAUCACCUCCACCAAUCGCCAGAAAAGCACCAAACCCUCAAACAGAUCAAACAGCAGCACCAACUAAUGAAGUAAACUUUAAAGCAAACUUAAAACCCCCACCAAGAUCGACCUCACCAAUUAGUACUUCACAAGAAAUUGAAAAACCAUCAGAUGCAAGUACUACACCAACACCAUUUGGUCUUAAGAAAGUUCCUAAACCAGUUGCUAUACAAACACCACCAUCAGAAGGUAGCACAACCAAUACUGCUCCAAAACCACCACCAUCACCAGAAAAUAGUGGUGUCAAACCAGCCCCAAUUUCUAGACCACCAUUAAAGAAAGCUCCAUUAAAUAAAAGUGAUGAAACAACCAUACAAUCACCACCACAAACAACAACCUCACCAACUCAAUCAUCACCACCAAACUUAUCAAAACCAAAAGUUGUACCAAGAGCACCACCAUCAACAUCACCAAAUUCAUUAUCUACACCAUCAUCACCACCACUAUCAAGUAGCAAUAGUAGUAUUGGAAGUGCUGGACCACCACCACUUGCAUCACCAUCAGCUGCACACAAGAGAAAUCCUUCCAAUCCAUUAACAUCACCACCAGCAACAGCAUCUACCAAAACCAAACCAUUGGAAUUCAGCCAAGUAUGUCAAGAAAUUGCAAAUAUUUGUAGCGAAAUUGAAGAAAACAGUAAUAAUUCCCAAGAACCUUCAACCUUUAAACAUAUCUAUCCACCAUUACCUGAAUCAUUCCUCUCUAUUGCAGUUUGUAGUGUUGACGGUCAAUUUUGGGGCAAUGAUGAUGCUGUUAACGAUCAACAAAUUCCAAUGUUCCAAGCCAUUUAUCCAUUCCUUUAUUCAAUUCUCUGCGAAGAAAUUGGUAUUGAAGAAGUAUCAAAAUAUAUAGAUGAUGAAAUUAAAGAUGAAUCUGACGCAAAACCAGUCAACGAUCAAAAAAAACCACAUAAUCCAUUUACAUUAGCAGGUCAUUUAGUUACAUCACAUUUAUUCACAACCAAAUAUCCAAAUGCUGUCACUAGAAUUUAUCAAUUCCUUAGUAUCCUUCAACAAUUGGUCAAUAGUAAUAAUGUAUCAUGUGAUAUGAUAUCCUAUCUCUCUCAAAAAUCAGAUUCAUCUGAUGAAUUACUCGUAGCACAUUUACUCAAAUCUUCAAAUCUCAUUAAACAAUCAGAAGAAGUAUUGGAAUUCUUUUAUCAACUAAAUUCGAUUCAAUUAAACUCUAAACAAAUAUCAUUAUUAGCUGCAACAUUGGCAUCAGGGGGUAUAUGCCCAUUCUCACCACAAUUAAAAUUAGCACCACAAAAUAUUAUCAGCAAAACUAAUGAAACCAUCAAGAAAUGCGAUACCAUCCUCUCAUCUCAAAUCGAAUCUUUAUCACCAAAGAUCAUACCUGUAAUAAGUGAUAGCGGAAUCUUAAUGUUAAUCAUACCAAAAUUAAUGGGCAUCACUAUAGUUUCACCAUGUAUUUUUAAUUCAUCAUCAAAUUUAUCAUUAAAUGACAACCAUAUUGAAUUUAUUAAAAAAUUAAAUAAUAUUUUAAAAUAA